AUGAGCCCCCCGUUGUCGGUGAACAACCCGGAGAUGGCCCGGGCCUUGUUGAAGAACCACGGUGACCGCGGUUGGGUUGUGCAAAAGUUUGGAGGCACAAGCGUUGGCAAGUUCCCAGACAAGAUCGCAGACGACAUUGACGAAGCCAGACUGACUCGGCGGCGCAGGAGAUAUGUCGAAAACAACAGGGUGGUAGUUGUGUGCUCGGCGCGGAGUACUGGCAAGAAGGUGACAGGUACCACGAGCCGGUUAUUGGAGGUGUACAAGAAGCUGCGAGCCAUUGGCGCCGCCACGAGUGAUCACGAGGCCCAGGAAGAAUUGCUGGGAGAGGCUAGGCACGUCGUGCAGGAGAUCUGCAUCGACCAUGUCGCCGCCGCCGACAACUUUAUUCGGGACCCCGAACUCAGCUCCUUCCUCAAGGCCGGCAUCGAGGUGGAGUGCCAGCUUCUCGUCGAUUACCUAGAAGCGGCGAGACGUUUCAAUCUUGAGAUCAACGCCCGGGCUAAGGAUCGGGUCGUUAGCUUUGGCGAGAAACUAUGCUGCCGGUUCAUGACAUGUCUCCUUAAGGACAGGGGGGUGGACGCCCAGUACAUCGACUUGGCUGAUAUCAUGCACAACGAGAGCCCGGGCCGGCUCGAUUCUACCUUCUACAAGAAUGCGUCGGACGCUAUCUGCAAGAAGAUUGUGGCUUGCGAGGACAGGGUGCCCGUAGUGACCGGUUUCUUUGGCAACGUCCCCGGUAGCCUUAUCGAUGGCGACAUUGGCCGUGGGUACACGGACUUGUGCGCAUCUCUGGUGGCGGUAGGCCUGAAGGCCAAGGAGCUCCAAAUCUGGAAGGAGGUGGACGGCAUCUUCACCGCCGACCCGUCAAAGGUCCCAACUGCGAGACUCAUCCCGUUCAUCACACCUUCGGAAGCGUCAGAAUUGACAUUCUACGGCUCCGAAGUCAUUCACCACUUGACCAUGGACCAGGUCAUCAAGGCGGUACCCCCUAUCCCCAUCCGCAUCAAGAACGUCAAGAACCCCCAUGGAGAAGGCACCAUCGUGAGGCCGGAUCCCCUUCUAGCCUCUGACCAACGCAUCCAAAGAACGCGGCAACUUUCCGAUCCAGCACUUCGGAAGAAGCCAAAGAGGCCGACGGCCGUCACCGUCAAGGACAAGAUCUCCAUCAUCAACAUCCACUCCAACAAGCGGUCGAUAGCGCACAUGUUCCUGGCCCGCGUCUUCUCCAUCCUCAACCAGCAGCAAAUCUCAGUCGAUCUCAUCUCCACUAGCGAGGUCCACGUCUCGAUCGCGGUCCACACGGCGACCUCCGAGUUCGGCAACUUCGACCAGGCCGUGGCACAACUCCGGGCCGAGUGCGGCGAGGUCAGCGUGUUGCACGACAUGACCAUCCUCAGUCUCGUGGGCGCUGAGAUGAAGAACAUGGUCGGUAUCGCUGGCCGCAUGUUCUCCACCCUCGGAGAACACCAGGUCAAUUUGGAGAUGAUUUCUCAAGGUGCGAGUGAGAUCAACAUAUCGUGUGUCAUUGACGCUCGUGAUGCGGAGAGGGCUAUGAACAUCCUGCAUACGAGCCUCUUUACCUUCCUUGAUUAG